AUGAACGCGAGGGUACUGCUGGCGGUGGUGGCUCUGUACUCGUGUGCAGCAGCGGAUACCCUCGCCACCCUCGGCGCCCUGCUGCCGCCUGCUGUGCUCAACAACUUUGAUCAGCUCAUCAAAGCUGCCUCUGCUACAUGUGAGGCUCUACCGUUAGAGCUGCUGCUAGCCAGAUCUUACGCACCAGAUACACCAUCAACUGACAUAGUGGAGUUCAGAAAAAAAUCGCGUCGAAGAUAUCGUGUGAUGGCUGCACACGAAAGCUUCAGAGCCAAUCCUUCCACCCUAGUACUUUACGUGCCAGGGUGGUGGAACACACCCACAGAUGAAUCUACCAGCGCCAUCGUCGAAGCACUAUUGACCAAAAAUGAUGUAGUGUACGUCUUAGAUACUCGACUCUCUUUCUGUCGAGGAUACGUCUCCUCAGUGUCAAGAGUUAAUCCACUUUCCCAUCUCUUAUUCAACUUCAUCAAGAAGCUGCACAAAAGAGGCUUUAACGUAACAUCCAUGCACUUAAUAGGAUUUAGCUUAGGUGCUCACGUCGCUGGCAUGACGGGCAAGUUGGUGCAGAAACGCCUGAAGAAGAAAUUAGGAAGAAUUACCGCUCUGGACCCGGCAAAACCAUGUUUCUCUAAAACUGAACAUAAGCUUGAUAAAAGCGAUGCCGAAUUCGUCCAGGUCAUACAUUCCAAUGCUGGUGUCCUUGGUCUCGAGGAGCCGAUUGGACAUGCAGAUGUGUAUGUGAAUGGUGUAGCAGGGAAGCAACCUGAAUGUGAGGACAGAAGUAUCAGUUUUGAGUGUGAUCAUGCUCAGGCAUGGAGACUAUUCUCUGCUUCUGCUUUGAACGACAAGUCCCUUAUGGGUAAGAAGUGUAACAAUUGGAGUGAUCUGGUGGAAGAUAAAUGCAACGGAGAUGACACAAUAUUGGGUUAUUCUUGUAGUUCUAAUUCUAGGGAGCUCAUCAAUAUACCCGAGGCCGGUGCACCUCGCGUGUCUAUGACGCCUGAUUAA